UUGUCCAAUUAUGAAAAGCCCAACGUAGACUGUCCGAUAAAUCUCGCCGUACCUCAGUCUGGCUCACCAUUGGUGUCUGUUUACGCGAUGCCCGCAGGGGCGCCUGUCAUUGGUGGAGCCAUCCACGUGAUCUCCCAACUUUGUACAUUUGACAGGGAGGGAGGAGGGUUCUGUGGAGAUGAGAAAAACGACAGUGCAAUAAAAAUUAGUAUUAUUGCACUUCAGAAAUUAAUGACCAUGAGUUCAUAUUUGAUAAACUCAAACUAUAUCGAGCCCUCGUUCCCUCCAUGUGAGGAGUACCCCCAGAACGGCUACAUUCCCACCCCUUCCGAAUACUACGAACCACCGAAGGGUCCGGGUUUUGCUCAUCAGGAUGAGGCGUCUUUUCAGCGGUCAAACUACUCGGAACCCGACUACGAAUACAACAAUGCACAUUCAAACGGACUGGAAGACUUUCCCGGGCACAUCCAGUCCCAGCCCGUCGCGCAAAACCACGACAUUCGCAUGAUUUCCAGCGGAGACGAAGGUGCUGUCGCUCCGAAAGACUGCAGCCUCUCCAACGAGACGCUUCCGCCCGCGCAAAAAGCCAAGGAGCCCGUGCUCUACCCGUGGAUGAAGAAGGUGCACGUUAACACGGUUUGCCCGAGCUACAACGGAGGACCGCCCAAGAGGUCGCGCACCGCCUACACCCGGCAGCAGGCUCUGGAGCUCGAGAAGGAGUUCCACUUUAACCGCUACUUAACCCGCCGCCGGCGCGUGGAGAUCGCGCACACGAUGUGCCUGUCCGAGCGCCAGGUGAAGAUCUGGUUUCAGAACCGUAGGAUGAAAUGGAAGAAGGACCACAAACUCCCGAACACUAAGAUCCGGUCCAGCGGCUCCUCUUCCGGGAAGCAGCAGCUCGUGAAAACGCCCCCUCACCAGACAGAACUGGUCCCCACGGCCUGCGCCGCCGCGGCGCGGCUAUAGUUCGCAGUUUCCUGACUGCUAGGCAAGUGGACAGAGAGAGCUUGGGCGGCCGUGUUUGGAUCAGUUCCUAAUGGAAUAUGAACCUAACAUUUACGCAUUUACUCCGAAAUGAUGGACACCCCUCCCUACCUCCCUCCCUCCGUCUGUUUUGCUUCGUUUCUGUCGUGCUUGUUGCACAGGGUAGCAUGUGAAUGUUUUUCUCUCGUAUAAAAACAGCAAAAGCGUGUAGAGACACUGCACGGAACUGCCAUUGCGGAUGUUAAGUUGGUAUCUGUGUCUGCGGAAUCGUGGGAACUGCGAGACGCACUUGCCGGAGCGUCGCCCUGUUGUUCUAGAGUUCGUGUCACGCCUGGGUGCCUGACUCGUGUAAAUAAGGACAAACCGGAUAGAAAUGAAUCUGCAGUGACGUGUUUGUAUCGUAGAACCCAUGGAUGUCUCGGCCUGUAGAAGACCCAGUUUCGUGCGCUUUGGAGUGUUUGUGAGUGAAGUGAUUAACAUUGUGCGUGUUGCUAUCAGUGGUAGCUGUUAAAUUGAUUAACGGUGUCGUGUAUACUAGAAUACAAGUGCAAAAAUAAAAUGUAUUUAAAGGUAC